UGUUUUUUAAAUAAAUCUACAUUUUCACAAGUUUCCUGGUGCCUGUUCAACGAUCAGCACUAGUUCUACCUUCAGACAUGUUCUUUCUCCUCAACGAUCUAUUCACAUGCACUGCGUUACAAAAUUCUUAUGAAUCAUCUCACAGGAAAAUCCCCGUGCAUUUAUAUUAAUCAGGAAAGAUACUAAUAAUCUCUGUCUUGCAGAAUUCACGUCCACAGACCUAAUCCCCAUCAAAAUGGAGAUAACAACUGAUGAGAAAAAACUAGAAGCAGUGGUAGCAUCGACCUACGUCUCAUGAGAGGAGGACCCCUGAAGAACUGCGGAGACUGGCUAACUAUUGCAAUGAGAAGAACCCUCCCUCUACUGGUCUGGGAAAGCAUGAACAACAAGUGUGAUAAAAAGAGAGAAGAGAUAUAAGCAAGGAGGAUUUACAGUGACUAAUGAUGUACUAAACUAGUAGAUAUAAAUCUUGAAGUGUAGGAAAAUUAUGCACAGGGAUGAUGGCAAGUAGGAAAAUGCAAAGAAAAUAAUAUAACACCCAACUCUUUUUUAUUGUAGAUUUCUGCGUUCAUUAAACAAGGGCUCAAUGGCAAACAGAGUAAUAAGAGAGAAUGAUUUAGUAUUGACUCUGUUUCCAGAUUUUACAGAAUAUGUCACAAACGACAAUGUAUCUUAUGCCAUACCGAUCGAUAUGAGAUUCAAUGAAGGGCAUUUGGUGACGAUUGCAUUUUAUUCAAUACUUAUGGUAUUUUCAGCAAUUGGAAACAUUAGUGUCUUGACAAUGCUUUUAAAAAGAAAACAAAUACAUAGAUCAAGGAUUAAUAACAUGCUUGUCCAUCUUGUCAUUGCUGAUCUUUUGGUGACUUUCAUUAACAUGCCAAUUGAAAUUGUAUGGGCAGCCACCGUCAGUUGGUGGGGUGGAGAUUUUCUUUGCAGAAUUGCAGCUUUCUUCCGAACUUUUGGAUUGUAUCAGUCUAGUUUUUCUUUAGUCAGUAUUGGAAUUGAUAGAUACUAUGCUGUUUUAAAGCCCCUUCAAUUAUCUGCUGCCGACAAAAGAGGGAAAAUGAUAAUAUCAUCAGCAUGGCUUGCUUCUGCAUUAUGUAGCAUACCUCAGAUGGUAGUGUUCAGCGUCAAAAGGCAUCCAAAUAUAACAUGGUAUGAGCAGUGCAUAACCAUGGACUCGUAUUCUAAUGUAAAUCACGAUGUCACGUAUUCAGUAUUUGGAACAGUUAUGAUGUAUAUAUUUCCAUUUCUCAUCUUAACAUACUGCUACGGUUCAAUAUUGGCUGAAAUAUGUAGGCGAACGAGGGAACCUAACGCAGAAAAAUUUCGACGUUCAAACAUUGGCUUCCUAGGAAAAGCUAAAACUCGAACUUUAAAAAUGACCAUAACAAUAAUUUUAACAUUUUUUAUAUGUUGGACUCCUUAUUAUAUUAUGGCUUUUUGGUACUGGAUAGACAAAGAAUCUGCAAAAAAGAUCAACCUUAAAAUUCAAAAGGGCCUGUUUUUAUUCGCAUGCACUAAUUCCAGUAUAAAUCCAAUAGUGUAUGGCGUUUUCAAUAUUAGAAAACAAAGGCAAACACAAAAUAAAACAAGAGAAAACCACACAUUUACAACUGAAAUCAGGUUAAACCAAUUGAGUUCUAAUAAGUUAAGCCUACAGCACAAAAAUAGUAGUAACAAUUUGUAACAAUCUUGUCUGACAUUUAAAAUAAAUCCAAUUUAAAGACAUUUUGAUUCGUCCUGUAGAAUGUUUUCGUUAAAUUAGAACAGUAUUUACAAAAUAAUUUAUUGUAAUUUAUCAGUAUUGUUGGUUUUUCAGUACAAUAAGUACAACUAAAUGUACUUAAAUCUGAAUAUACAUUGUCCUGAGUACAAGAAAUAGAGAAGAAUGACAGUGGCAAGCUUUCCAUCUUAAAAAUUGUUAUAUCCUCAUUUACAACAGUAGAUAUAUUAUUAUUUUUAAAAAAGUGCUUUUCAUUUUCUUUUUAUAUCAAAAUUUUAAAAAAAUUAAAAUCCUGAACAUUACGUUCAGGUUAUGAAUUUUGUAGUUAGCUAAUUACUAGUCGAAACUAAAAUACUUAAUGUAAGUCACGAAUAGAGGCAUAAAAACGUUAACUAAGGAUAAAUGACAUAUGUGAUAAAUGGCAUAACAUUUUAACAAAGUUUUGAGCGGGUAUGAAAUAUUACUAAAAUAAACUGAGCUAUAUUUUUAGUCUUAACAUUAAAUACCCAUUAAGUCGUUGUUUUAUUGAUUAAAAAUGAAAAGUAUGUAUUAAGUUUAUUUGUUGGGAGGAUGUAUAUCAGACAUGGAUAGUUUUGGAGCCAACCAACCUCCAAAGAAUUAAGUUUAUUGUUUUAAGCAAUAAUUGUAUCAAUUAUUUGGAAAUAAAUGCUAAUUCCUUUCCUUUAA